CUUCUCCUAUUAUAAAAGUCUGCCGGGGGCAGCAGGGUUGCUGAGCAAGAUCUUCAAAUCAACUAUAAUCAAGCAACCUGAAUUUGCCAGUAUGUGAUUGAAUCCCAACCCCAAAUAAUGACCGUCUGAGAACUCCCUGGGAGUCUUUUUUUCAGCUGAAGAAACCAAUUCGAGGAACGUGCAUCUACAUCUGUUUAAUUGUGUAUACAUGGAAUGGGAAGCUGUGUUUUGUGGAGCAAGUGAAUCUGCGGAAUUCACUGCCACAAGAAUUCACUGCCAAGUCACCAACUUUAGAAGGCUGUAAGGGGUGUGUGUGUGCUAGACAUAUUCACAGAGGAUAAGACUAUCAGUGGCUUCCAGCCAAGAUAGCUAUGCCCUGUCUCCACUGCUGGAUACCAGUCGCUGUUGGAGGUCACAAGUAGGAAAAGCAGCACAAGUCCUACUUGCAGGGUUUCCCACCGAAGCAUCCGCUUGGCCACUGUGAGAACAGGUUGCCUGACUAGGUGAGUUGCUGACCUGGUCCUUACAUUCGUAGAUCAUGCCAGUUGCGUGACAGUCUGCACAGGGGAUCUCCUUUUACGUGGAAGCAACAGCUCUGUAGGACAGAGUGCUUGCGUGUGAAGCAGCUUUUAGUUUAUGGUGUGUGGAGCCACAACAAGGAGAGAGACAGCGCGAGAGACAAACAGACAGACAGACAGACAGAGAUGGUUCCAGGGGAAAGGAUCAAUGGAUGGAGGCCACAUAUCACAUAGAGAGAAAGAGGGCAGCAAAGUGAAAAGAGAUGUGUGUGCGGGAGGGAGAAAGUUUAACAUAGAUAUGAACAAGUGUGUUGGAACAGGAGGACUAUGGAGUGAUCCGAAUCUCUGUGCCAAGAUGGUUAUCAGAGAUUCCCAUUAUGAUCUCAUGGCGUUUUGUGUCUGACUGCCUCCGAUUCCAAACCAAGUAGAAGCAAAGGAGUGAAUGAGUCUGUGUGUGUGUGUGUGUGUGAUGCACAUAUGCUCGCUCACACCCCAGUGCUGUACUGAGCCAGGAAAUCCAAAGGCCAACACAUUCGCCUCCUCUCUCUCUCUCUCUCUCCAGGGCAGGAGAAAGAGUCGCGCAGAGAGAGGGAGCGAAGCAGAGAGAGGCAGCGGACAAGUGGAGCUCUUUGCACCCCGAGCAUCAAACUUUUUGCAAGUCCAGAGCAUGGGGAGACAACCCUUCCUUCUGUUCCUCUUCUGGCUGGGGACCUCUUGGGAGGCGCAUGUGCCCCACCGGGUCAUCCCCUCCAACGCUACCGUUUUCUCUCAUAUCUACACGAUAAAGCUGAAGGGAGAUGGCACCGAGGAUGAGGGAGCCUCCUCUGCACCCCAAGAGGCGCUGGGCCCUCCUGGCUCCUCCAGGGGAGGGGGCCUGUACGAGCACACACUGGAAGGGCCAGACCAGGAGCAUGUGGUCUUCACUCACCGCAUCAACCUGCCCCAGCAGUCCUGUGGGUGCCCACCUGGCACCGAGGACACCCAGGACCUCUUGAGACGGCUGCAGGCACUAGAGAACGAAGUGCGGUCACUGCGGGACACCUGCCAGGCUGGGGGAGGCUGCUGCCCUGCGACCAGCAGUUCCCAGGCUAGUACAGGUAAGGCCUUGGAGAGGGCAUGCAGCACUGAAGUGACCCCCCUGAGGCACAAGGAAACCUACCUCACUGGGUUCGUGUGGGGAUGAAAUGCGGGUGGGAGAGAACCCUGUAUGCCACUACAGUUUCUUCCAAGGGAAGAAGACUCAGAGCCUGGGGAGUGGUGGUGGGACACUGAUGGGUGGUCAGAGGGAGAAGACUGGGAGGAGGAGGUGUCAGAAGCUGAAGAUGUAGCAGGGUUUGGUGAGCUGGGAGACUCUGUGGCAAUGUCCAGAAUGAGAGGCAGAAGUUGAAGCAGGAGGGAAGUCAAGAGACAUAGAUGAGUCAGGCUGGUAAAGAGUCAUAGGUGUCUCCCACUCCUGCUGUGACCAGCUCUCCUCCCCUCUGGUCUUCCAGAACCAGAAGAGGCAUGAAAAGGGCAGAGGAGAGGUUGGCUUCACAACAAGCACAGUCUCUGA